AUUUGUAGGUGAGGCGACUAGAACAAAGGCUGUAUGCUCACGAAUACGUUUCUAUAUGCAGCCAUAUACUCAACUGGGGUACACUCCGAACAAACAGUCAUAUACCGCUUGAGACUUUAUGAACUCGAACAUAUCACCCCAAGUUCUCAGGUUUCACAUGCGACUGUCCUCUACCACAGCAAGCCAGAACCAAUAGGCAUUGACUUUGUAUUCGGCAACAUCACGUUCGUCCGGAAGAGUGGCAGGGCAUACCGAGCAGGCAUCCGGCCAAACCAUACAAUACUCUUUGUAGACGAGUUAUCGUGCAUGGGUGGGUUCAACGGCUCCAGUCCAUGCCGUGACCAGGAUAUUGUAAACUUCAUCCACCGAAGUAGCGGCGAUAUUGAGAUCACCAUCAUUCCCACGGCGGUACUGAGCGAAUUGCUGCGAGACAUUGACUACGUGCCUCCGAUACCCAACACACAGCUACAAUCUGACGACGAGUUGUGAAUGAUCUGGGACUGGUGAACUAGACACAAUACAACCUUCUAAAAUCAGCAUUAGAAGGCUACAUACAUAUAGAUGUACACGCACACAGACAAUGUCUACAUACACACACCUUGCAUACCCAUGCUGAAACAGUUGACAAACUUCAUGGACAGUUCAGAAGAAGAAAAAAAGCUGGAUACUUAUACAGGGCAACAGUGGAAAUCGUUGGGGUCUUAACAUGAGCUACACAAAGGUCUGUUUUGACUUCAAAAAGGAAUACGGCGAUCGUGCACAAGAAAUAAAAAUAGGGAUUGGUAAAACGACUAGAAUAGGAAAAAAAACUUACAAGCCAACAAAAUGAAAUAAGAAUGUAUUAUUAAAGAUGGG